CUCGCAUCCUUCUCUCUCUCUCAGACCAGGUUCUUUCCAUAUCGUCUUCCUGAAUAUUUUCCCCCCUUUUAGCGUAGUUAUCUCGGGUACUCGCUCAUCUCUUCUCCGUUUUUCUCAGAUUUGAAUAUGAUCAAACUAUUCAAAGUAAAGGAAAAACAGAGAGAACUUGCAGAGAAUGCAAGUGGUGGAGCACCGAUUAAGAAGCAAACUGCUGGGGAGUUGCGUCUGCACAAAGAUAUAAGUGAGCUGAAUCUACCAAAAUCUUGUACCAUGCAAUUCCCUAAUGGUAAAGAUGACCUGAUGAACUUUGAAGUUACAAUUCGGCCUGAUGAAGGAUAUUAUGUGGGUGGUACAUUUUUGUUUUCCUUCCAAGUGUCUCCCAUCUAUCCACAUGAAGCACCAAAAGUUAAGUGCAAGACAAAGGUCUACCAUCCAAAUAUUGACUUGGAGGGAAAUGUUUGCCUCAACAUCUUACGAGAAGAUUGGAAACCUGUUCUGAAUAUAAACACAGUCAUUUAUGGAUUGUAUCAUCUUUUCACGGAGCCAAAUUAUGAGGACCCUCUCAAUCAUGAUGCAGCGGCAGUUUUGAGGGAGAAUCCCAAAAUGUUCGAGUCUAAUGUAAGGAGGGCUAUGGCUGGUGGUUACGUGGGGCAAAUCUUUUUCCCUCGCUGUAUGUAGCCUUUGCUCGAUUACUUCAAGCCGCUGUUCAAAAUAUAUCAUCAAAGCUUCAGUCCAUGGUUUGUGUAAUUUAUUUACCAAUUUACAUUUUUCCUUUCUUCCCUGUCUCUAAUUCGUCUUGGUGGAGCAAGGGGUAUUGAUUCCUGGAACGAUCUUAUCCUCCACUCAAGCAGAACGUUACUGGAACACUUGUGUUCUAUUUGUAUCUUGAUCUAUUAGUUGGAUGUGGUUCAAGGUAGAGACAAGAUUCAUUUGCUUUCUC